ACAUCACAAGUGCCUCCACUUUGCUGUUCUCCGGUGCUUAUCACAUACAAGCACACUUUUUAUCGCAGAAACAGGCUUACUUAGAACAAUCUCAAACAGACUGAAUUCUCUGUCAACACACAAAGACAACUUGUAACAAGGUCCACCACAACAUUAAGCUAAGUAUUACAGUUUUUAGGAGAAGUACAAAUGAAGGUAAGGUGGGGACUGAACUACUUCUGCAUGUCACACCGCGGUUGUUGGCCCUGCGCUGAAAUGGGCGUGGAGUUUCUCUCAUCGCCUGAAGAGUCAGGGGACGGAAACUGACGAGUGUCUAAAAGCCCGCUGUGAGGACUUGCGACAGUCAACAGAGCGACUGAGCAGCAUUAUAUGACAGAAACUAGUCGCAGCGAGAGCACAAAGGGUGUGCGGAUGAUGCCCGAGGUCUCCUCCUGUUUUUAACCUACAGUUUAAAGCUGGAUUACUACAUCUUCUGAAGUUCUUCCUGAUGUGGCAGAGGUGAGACUAAAGCAUCAUGUUGGAGCCUCCAGAGCAUACCCAGGAGAUUGUGGAGUGGUUGUCCACACUCCGCCUGUCCCAGUAUACCUUAUGUUUCCAGCAAGGAGGCUAUCAAGCUCUGGAAGACUGCAAGGACCUCACAGAUGACCGCCUCCUAGAGCUUAAAGUGUUUCCAACAGGCCAUCGUAGGCGCAUCCUCCGGAGUUUGGAAGCAAUAGGGGUGAAGCAGCAGAGCGGUGGAGAGGAAGAUGAAGAGGGAGGGAUAGAGAACAGGAGACGUCAAAGGAAGCCAGUGCCACACCCGAGACAUUUCUUCCUGAAGGAUAAAAAGAGGGGGGCUUCGUGUCAUCACCAUCAGUCAAAGGAAAGGAGGGAGUAUGAUUUGGAGGGGAGUCAGACUUUGCCUCCAGGAGCAGGACUGAGGACAGAAAUUGAGGACAUCCCAGAGAGCAGAUACCUCCGCCCGCCUCAACCAACUCCGCGCAAUCCCCAGAACAUCCAAACAUCCAAGUCUGAACAUACCUGUAUUCCUGCCUCUGUGUCUUCCUGCAGCAGCAGCAGUGAGUCCUCCAUUUCUGAAAUGCCCUCAGACUGGGAGAUUUCCGCAGAGGAUCGCUCGCUGUCUAGCACGGACUCCGUCCCCUGUCCGGCUGAAGUCCCUCACUCAACGCUCACUGAAGACCAUGGGGGUUUUUGUGGUGAAAUGGUGGAAAACUCCAUCUAUGAGGCACAGCCCAGCUUUAAGGUUCCUGUAGUUCCACAGUUCACUCGCUCCUACCGGCUGAGGCACCGCCCCGUCCCUGAAAUCCCGAACCAGACCAUGCUGCCACUUCAAGACAGGAGCGCACCACCAGUGCAAACAACCAGCCCUGAACACCUAACCAGCUCCAAGGGUCCCACCGGUGCAAACAGCAUACAGAAAGUGACAGGCAGUGGCCCACGCAGGGUGGCUCCAGGUCUCCAGACUAAUAGUGUCUGGCCAGAGUCGCUCUUCUUCUUCGUCUUCGCUUCCACCGACCACCGACCACGGUCCCUGCAGGAGCCAAGAUGGCGCAAUGGCCUUGGCAGAGACUCAGUCUGUUUGAGACAGACUAAGAAGGAUCAUACUCCCAGAUGGGCAACGAAAAGGCCGAGGCAGAGAGAUAGCCAUGCUCCACUUCAAAGAACCUUGACGCCUAUUGCUCCCUACGGAGAAAUUUUCCUGUACAACAACCCUGAAAGCACUCCGGACCAUGGCGCUAAAGAAGGGUUACAGAAGGGUUUUAAGGACAAGAUAAAACUGAAGAAACAGAGAAAAAAGACACCUAAACAAAAAGAGUCCAGGGAAAAAGGCUCUUCUCCUGCUCCAACUAUCCCAGACCCCUUCAAAGACGAAUACUCAACAGUGGACGAAUGCGCCAGCAUUUUGCCACGAGCCGGUUUGGACCCAAGUUUUGCAGUAACCUCUGAGGCUCUUGCUGCCUCUGGCCCCAAGGAUGGGUCUUUAAUCAUGGUGGAGUGUGACCUCUACUCGGAUCCUGCAGACGCUCUGGGGGGUGUGACCAGAAAUGCACUGCCUGAUAUUUCUCCAUACGCAUGCUUCUAUGGAGCCCCCAAAAACCAGAUGCUCAAAGUGGGUUGGCUGGACAAACUGUCUCCUCAAGGAAAUUGUGUUUUUCAAAGGAGGUGGGUGCGAUUUGAUGGCGAGAGUCUGGCCUACUAUAACAACGACAAGGAGAUGUACUCCAAAGGCAUGAUCCUGGCCAGUGCUAUCAGACAGGUGCGAGGACUGGGUGACAACAAGUUUGAGGUAGUCAACUCCCUUCGGACCUUCAUAUUCCGGGCUGAAAGAGAAGGGGAGCGCCAGGAGUGGAUGGAAACUCUUCAGACGGCCAUGCGCCCCCCCGCCUGUGGCUCCCAGAAGCGCUCCGACAGCCUCUCCCACCUCUCCUCCACAAACAAGCGAGGCUUGCUGGAUGUUCGUGGUUACAAAAGCAGAGUGCUGGUGUCCCUGGCGGGGAGUAAAGUCAGACUCUGCAAAACAGAACAGGACUAUAAAGCGGGCCUGGCUAUUGCUGAAGUGGAACUGACUGCUGCCAAUAUUAGAGACGUGGACCGCAGGGGCUUUGAAAUCAACACGCCCUUCAAGAACUUCUGCUUCACGGCCGAGUCAGAAAGGGAGAAGGAGGAGUGGAUUGAAGCAGUCCAAGAAUCGAUCGCUGAGACACUCUCCGACUAUGAAGUGGCAGAGAAGAUCUGGUUCAACAAGGCUAACAGGAGCUGUGCUGACUGUCGCGCCCCACAGCCGGAGUGGGUGUCUGUCAAUCUGGGUGUGGUCAUCUGUAAGAAGUGUGCAGGGCAGCACCGCUCCCUUGGCCCAAGUAUUUCAAAAGUGCGGAGCUUGAAGUUGGACAGCAGUAUCUGGAGCAAUGCACUAGUGGAGCUCUUCCUGGAGGUGGGGAACAAGAAUGCUAACAGUUUCUGGGCUGCUAAUCUUCCCUUGGAGGAGGAGCUCUACAGUGGGGCUUCAGCGGAGCAGCGCGCCACAUUCAUCCGCAGGAAGUACAGAGAGAGGAAGUACGGGAGGAUCCUGGAAGGCUUUCAUAACCUGCAGCAGCUUAACCAGGCACUGUGUGCAGCUGUGGUGUUGCCUGACAUCCUGCAGACCAUGGCGCUGGUGUUCAGUGGGGCAGAUGUUAUGUGCGCCACUGGGGAUCCAACCUUCUCCACCCCAUAUCUCUUGGCCCAACGUGCUGGACAGAGGCUACAGAUGGAGUUCCUGCACCAGAACAAACUCUCUGAUUUCCCCAGACUCGAGCAGUGGUCGGAGAACACCUCCUUGUCUGAUGCUUCCCUCUUCAUGGAUGGCUUCCUCUACAUCUCCUCUGGCCCCGCCAAGACAACGCUGGACCGCCGCGGAAGAGAUGACAUGGCGCGUCGUUGGUGCACAUUGGAGGGCGGCUCCCUGAGUUACUAUGAGAGCGAGCGAAACCCGUCGGCCAUCGGCAGGGUGGACGUGACUGAGGUGGUUAGCCUGGCUGUCAGCACCAAGGAGACAAUGACUGGAGCUGGGGCUGUGUUUACCGUGGAGCUGUACCUGCAGACAGAGCGAGUGCUGAUUGUCGGAGCUGAAACACAGGAAACACAGCAUGACUGGAUCCACGCGUUAACAAAGUGCUUCAUCCCGUCUAAAGUCGAGGGACUGGUGCAGAAAGACAGCGAGCUGAUUGGCAGACUGCAUUACAAAGAAGGCCAUGACCUGUACCACUGGAGGACAGGCUGGUUUAUGCUUGAAGGCUCUUCCCUGCACUUCAGCUCAGGAGACGAGGAGGGAGAGGAGGAAGUCCUUCAACUCAAACAGCUACAGGAGCUCACUGUCUCCAUACACACGGAGGGUGAGGACAAGAUCCAAGUCCUGCUGAUGGUGGAGGGCAGAAGAACAGUUUACAUCCAUGGCUUCAACAAGAUGGACUUUGCACUGUGGCACUCUGCCAUCACGCUGGCUGCUGGCACAGAUGGCAAGGCACUCAGCGACCAACAGCUGACUAAAAAUGGUGUCCCUAUUAUAGUCGACAGUUGCAUUGCGUUUGUCACUCAAUAUGGUUUGUGCCAGGAGGGGGUCUACCAGAGGCCGGGGGACCCUGGUCGAGUGGCCCUGCUCCUGGAGGAGUUCACCCGGGAUGCCCGUAAUGUGAAGCUGAGGGAGAAGGAGCACCAGCUGGAGGAUGUGACAGACACACUGAAGAGCUUCUUAUCCCAAGCAGAGGAUGCAUUGCUGACCAAGGAGCUCUAUCCAUACUGGGUGUCAGCUCUGGAUGAGAAGGACGAGAGGCAGAGAGUAAAGAAAUACUCCACUUUCAUUGAGAGUUUGCCAAAGAUAAAUAGGUCAACCCUUGAUGCUCUGCUCCAACAUCUGUACAGGAUUCAGCAGUGUUCCCACCUCAACCACAUGCCGAGCGAAAAACUGGCCUCUGUCUUCUCCUCCUGCUUGUUCCAGACUCGAGGACAAACCCCACAGGAAACUACCGUUGUCCAUGACCUCAUCAGCAACUAUAUUACGCUCUUCAGUGUCAAUGAAGACCGUGUGCAACAGAUGGAGAAAGAGAAUAGUUUCAUCACACGCUGGAACGACAAGAAGGACACCACAUUCUCUCCAGCUGGGGACUUGAUCUUCGAGGUGUACCUGGAAAAGAGACAGCCAGAGAACUGCUGUUUAAUCAAGGUCUCUCCCAGCAUGCGGCCCACAGAGCUUGCAGAAACUGCUCUGAGUAUGAGGAACGUCACCUUUGAUGCUGAUGACCUCUGGACCACCUUUGAAGUAAUUGAGAAUGGAGAGUUAGAGCGACCAUUGCACCACAGUGAAAGAAUUCUUGAGCAGGUGCUGGAGUGGAGUACCUUGGACUGCCCCAGCUCUGCUUUUCUUGUUUUAAAGAAGUUUUCAGGGGCCAAAAAAGAUGGGAAAGACCAAAGACAGUGUAUAAAAGGCGACUAUGUGAAGUUCAACGAUGGAUCCUCCAACCUGCUGUCGGGGCACAAAUUCCAGGACAAAUAUGUUGUACUACGUGCAGAGAAGCUGCUGCUCUACAGAGAUAUCAAAGGCACUAAAGCAGAGAAAGUGAUCCAUCUCAACUCUGUGAAAUGUUACUUGGGCCUGAAGAAAAAGCUCAAACCUCCAACUGGCUGGGGCUUCACAGUCUACACUGAUAAACAACAAUGGCAUUUCUGCUGUGAGAAGAGGGAGGCGCAGGUCGGCUGGGUGACGGACAUAAUCAGGAUGAAGUACGGUUCUGACCUCUGUGCAAAGAGCGUUAACUCAAAAGAAGCUGCAUAUCACCAAUUCUCCAGAGGGGGAGCUGUGACUGAAGGCCAGAAGAUUCCAACACACAACAGCAAACAGCUGACAGACAGGAGGAUUUCUCUCGAUGAUGGCAACCCAAGGCCCACAAAGGAUGCCACUCUCCACCCCAAGACGAACACCACAGCCAACUUCCCGAAACACAACAACAUGCUCAAGGCCCCAGAAGUCCCGCACAAACGACCCUCUGUGGAUGUUUGCCUGCCUCAACACCUCCCUUCCCAGUUCCCAUCCAGACACUCGCAGCCCAUGGCUUUGCCCCUUCCUCCUCAGAGUGGCUUUAAGACCAUCAGCAGGAGACCUGUUCUGGGUGGGGAGGCUAUAAUUCCGCCUAAUCUGCUGAAUGAACUUAACUCUGUGCUGAGCAAAACUGGCCGCAGUGCAAAGAGCAAUGACUGACAGGAAGAGAAAUAGAAGUACCUAGAACAGUCCGUUUGAACAGUAAGACAAACAUUACAGAGCUGAGUAGAGAAAGAAAGAUGUGGAAACUGACAGAGAACGACCACACAAAAAGCAGAUGGAGCCAAACUAAGUUGCUUUCAUGAGGGGGAUCAUAGCCUGAAGACUGCUUUUGAACUUGGAUAUAUAAAGGGAUGCUGAUGCACAAGGGGAUGUGGAAAACAGGUGCAGGAGACACUGGAGGUCAUACAGACCUCAGCUGGACAUGGCGAUGACCCAAGCACUACAAAACGUGAUUUAUAUGCCGCUCUCCUAAACCCAGAGAAUGUUACGAAAAUGUGUUCGGCUGUCAAACCUCAGAAGUUUCCAUAAAUACUCCAAACUGUUUCCAAAGUUUCCAGGUACUUUGAAAAGGCUGUUCUGACAAGUAUUCUGAAAAGUAUUGUGAUUAUUAUAAUCCUUAUACAGUUAAGUUAAUCUUUAGUUAAACUUUUUUUUUUUAAUUCACUAGCACUUUUGCCGCAAAAGCUUUGUAAUGUAUUGUAGUUGCACAUAUUACAUAGCACUCCCUAUAUUUUUAAUUAUAAGUGGCGGGGUCUGCCAUCUCCACACAUAUCUCUACUUGUAGGCAUGAAAAGGAAUGUAAAGAAAAUUAUUCAUGCUUAUAAAAUGCAAAAGGGAAGAGCAGGUUUAGGGCCCACUAGCCAUUAACAGUGGCUAAUAGACUCCCAUUUUCAUAGACAUGAGAUGCAAUAUUAGCAGGUAGUGGUGGGCAAUCUCAUGUGUAAUUAUUUAUUUGUAAUUUUUUUUUUUAAUUUUUAAACAGUUACCUGCCAUUUUUUCCACUGUAAGCAUUAGCUGUAUAGAUAACUAGCAGUGUUUUUUUAAGCAUAUCAUUUUGUGGUGUACCACUUUAAACUUUGCACUGGCUGCCACCAAAUGUAAUUUUUAAUGUACAGUAUAAAUAUAUUAAAAUGCUUUAACAUGCUAUAUUACUGAACAGUUGCAGUUGAUAAUAAGUAAAUUGCAUUUGGCCAACAUUUUAGUGCAAGUUGCACCUUCAUGUUCAGUGUUUUCUUACAAAACAAAAUAACGUAUGCCAAAUUUAGCUAACACCUGUGCACGUUAGCUUGUUUUUGCAUGCUUAUUGGUAAAAACACACCUCAAAAUAUAGCAAUACUUCUGCUCUGAAAGUGUGUGAGUAAGCAAUCAUUUGCAGACUCUCAAAAGUUACGUGAGACUUUGGAUUUCCAGCUCAUGUUCAGUUUUGAUUAAAUAUUAUAAAAAUGGACUACAAGUUAGCACAGCUGUCAACAGAUCCACAGAAAUAGACGAUAUCUGCAGUUAUCAUUUUACGAAGAGAUAUUUUUACCACCCUUUACCCACUUUGAAUGUAGUUUAGCACAAACUGUGUUUAACUAGAUAUAUUUAAUGAAAUAUGUCAUUAAGACUCCACUCCACUGAAACACCAUCAAAUAUCCACAUCUAACAACACCAUCAAAUUUAGUAAUGUCAUGCUCAAUCAGAAGCAGGCCUUGAGAAACAAAUGAACUGGUUCAAACCUGAACAGAAAAAUAAUUUCAACUUUUCUGUUAAGUUCGGGUGUAAAAUUAACAGAUUAUGAUCUCAGAUUUUUUCAUUUCCCAAAAUUAUUUUAAACAUUUGUCACAAUUAAUUUAAAAGCUUGUGAUGGUCUCUGUUAAUACUUACUGGGCACACAUGCUUGUAUGUACAGUAUUUAUCAUUGACUUUAACUUAAAAAGACUUGACUGAGAGAGACUGGUGCAGCUCUUGAGCAGUGAAAAAAAAAAUUCUAUUUUUGCUGAAAGCUCUGGCUAAAAAUGACCUUUUAAUGUGUUUCCACAGAAAUGCAGGUGGUGGGAACAAUGGAGAUGGUAGAGGUGUCAGUGUGCGAGUGUGUAACAGAGAGAGAGAUACACAGAGAAAAUUGUUUUUAGAGAAAUUGUCGGUUUUAUUCUUUUUAUUGCAAUGCAACUACACAUACACCCAGAUCCAUCAGAUAAUUACAGUUUAAGUAAAAAAUAAAUACUGCAUGAAGUAAAGCCAUUGAAAUUAUAUGAAAAUAAAAUAAACCUUAUUUGAUGAUUAGAAAUGUGGUAAACCAAAAAGUGAUAAACAUCACAGUGUUGUUUAAUGAUAAUUACCGUCAUUGCUUUCAAGUUUAUUAUGCAUCAUGUGUGGAUUUUUUUUUCUGUUCAAUUGCUAAGAGCUCUUCAUGUGUGUUUUAUCUCAAUUUCAAUAUUGCAUCUGCUCUCUGCAGGUUUAUAUAAUGCAGUCAUUUGGGCUUUUUUCACCAGGUAAAUCUGCUCAGUAUGUAUAUGGAUUUUAUAUUCCAUUGGAUAGAUUUACUUCUAUACACUCUGUUGUGUUCUAUGAACAUAUCUGCAAGAUUUAAGAGAUCAAGUCCUGGAAGCACACAGAGCAACAGAUUUCAACGCGAAGACCCCAUCUUCCAUCUUUGAUUUAAACAUAUAUAAUUAUAUCAUUAUUUUAUUCAUAGAUUUAAUCAAAUUCUACUUUUUCUCUGAAGUGAAUUGUAUGAAUAAACUCUCUGUCUCAAGUCA